AGACGGCUGUUGUCCCCGGCCGACAGGGCUGGACGGCUCUAGGCAGAUUUUCGCCGGCGCCCGGCGCAAUUCUGCCUCUCAGAGACAGAGCUUAGUGCCGCGGGUUUCGCCCGUUCCCGCUGCCGGCGGGAGCCGAGUCAGCCCGAGACCGGGCCGAGACGAGCCGAGUGUCCCCGAGCCCGAAUGCUCCCGAACCUCGGUUCUCCGCCUCCUCCCUUCCGAAAGUGCCCGAGCGGUGCCGGACGGACUACGGCCGUGGCUCGGACGUCCGCUCCCGAAACGCGGCGCGGUCGGGCCCCUUCGUCAGGAGACGCGAAAAUGGCCGAAGGAGCGCGAGCGCGCGGGCCGAGAGGCUGCCGGGAUCGCGACGGACCGGCGGGCGGGGCGGGUAAGAUGGCGGCCGCGCGGCGAGGGAGAGGCUCCUCCACAGUGCUCUCUUCAGUUCCCCUUCAAAUGCUGUUUUAUCUCAGUGGAACGUACUACGCCCUGUAUUUCCUCGCCACGCUCCUGAUGAUCACGUAUAAAAGUCAGGUGUUCAGCUGUCCUCACCACUACCUGGUCCUCGAUCUUGCUCUGCUGUUUCUGAUGGGGAUUCUGGAAGCAUUGCGGUUAUACCUGGGUACCAGGGGCAACCUGACAGAGGCUGAGAGGCCGCUGGCCGCCAGCCUGGCCCUCACGGCCGGCACCGCCCUCCUCUCUGCCUACUUCCUGCUUUGGCAGACCCUGGUGUUGUGGGCAGACUGGGCCCUCAGUGCCACACUCCUGGCCCUUCACAGCCUGGAGGCCGUCCUGCAGGUGGCUGCCAUUGCAGCCUUCACCAGGUAGCUGCGGGCACCCAGAACACCCCACACUGGGGCCCUCCUCCUGGGCCCGACCAGUCCCCCAGCUGUCACCUCCCCAUUCCUGGACAGGAAGGGCACUUUUCCUAGCGCCUGGCCAUAGAUGGUUUCGGACGGCUCCAUCUGUCCUGGCAGGGGUGGGAGCAGGAGCCAGAGCAGAACAAACUGCUGGAGGCCCUGGUGUUGGGAACAGCUGCAGGGAGGGUAGGGACCACACAGAACUGCCUUCAAGGUGAGUCCCAGGAGCGCACACUCAGCCCUGUCAGUGGGGUCUGGCUUCAGCAGCCAGGCCUCCAUGGACCCUCAUGGGUCCCCAGGGCUGAGAGGAGGACAGAGCCCUUCAGAACAGAGGCCUCGUCUCACCGCCUCCCCCAUCACCCCCUAGUUCCCUGAUGGUCCUAAUUUGUGCUCUGAGAGCCCAGUUUACUCCAUGGCCAGGCCCCACCUGUGUUUCCAAGUCCGGCUGGAGAAGCAGGAUGGGGUAGGCCUUGUGCUUUGAGUGCCCCCAGCUCUGCCUCACAGGCAGGCAGGCCCCGGGGGCAAGAGUGCACUCUGGGUUCCUAAAGCAAUAAAUGCAAACAAGCCAACAGCUCUGGUGCUUGAGAAUUUCCAUCUCAGCCACACUCCUCCCUUUAGGGGCUUCGGAGGAGAGGUCAGGGCUGAGGCUGGGGAUGGAACUGCAGGAGAGAGAGCAGCUGCGGGGCCCACAUUCUGAGCCUCCGUCCACUCCAGUUUUAGCAACUUUUACCUUUUGCACUGAGUGCUAAACAAAUUCUAGCUCUGUGAUUUUUUUUCCCAUUCCCAGAUUUACUGUAAGUUCUCCUUAAAAAGUAUCUAAGCUGUUAUAGUAGCUUUCCCUUCAUUUGGUUCUAUUGUGUGUUCUCUAUGUUUGGAAUAAUCACAUCCUAAUACCUAGAUAUUUUCUCUUCACCGCAUUUUGUAAAUAAAAGAGAUGUGUAUGUCUCCUUGAA